CUAAAUUUGAGAAAAGCCGUUGUCUAUCUGAGAAAUUUCACCCCUCAUACGUCAAAGCUUCAAGCGGAGGGGGGCCGGGAGAGUUCCACGAUGCCUCGAAAAGCCAUCGACUCGCGCAUCCCAGCGCUAAUCCGCAAUGGCAUUCAGGAAAAGAAGCGCAGUUUCAUCGUCGUUGUGGGCGAUCGAGCCAAAGAUGUUAUUGUCCACCUGCACUAUAUCAUGUCCUCGGUCGAUAUCAAGCAGAACAGAUCUGUCCUAUGGGCUUACAAGAAAGACCUACUAGGUUUCACAUCCCAUCGCAAAAAGCGCGAAGCAAAGAUCAGGAAAGAAAUCAAGCGAGGCAUUCGAGACCCGGAUACCGAAGAUCCCUUUGAGCUCUUCGUCACUCUGCACAAUAUUCGAUAUGUUUACUACAAAGAGACGGACAAGAUUCUUGGGAACACCUAUGGCAUGUGUAUUCUUCAAGACUUUGAGGCCAUCACGCCGAAUCUCCUCGCUAGGACUGUGGAAACGGUAGAAGGCGGUGGGCUGGUUUUGCUUCUGCUGAAAGGGAUGAAGAGUCUAAAGCAGCUCUACACAAUGUCUAUGGAUGUACAUUCCAGAUACCGUACCGAAGCCCAUGACGAUGUGGUCGCCAGGUUCAAUGAGAGGUUCAUACUCUCGUUGGGGAACUGCGAGUCUUGCUUAGUUGUGGAUGAUGAGCUCAACGUCCUGCCCAUAUCUGGAGGAAAGAAUGUUCAACCUUUGCCACCGCCGAGUAGCGAGUCCGAACGAGUCCUGCCAAACCAGAAAGAGUUGAAGGAAAUAAAAGACAGCUUGGCCGACAGCAGACCCGUCGGCCCACUGAUCACUCUGGCCAAAACUGUCGACCAAGCAAAGGCUCUUCUCACUUUUGUCGACGCGAUAUCGGAAAAGACACUCCGGAGUACGGUCGCCCUGACUGCGGCUCGUGGUCGAGGGAAAUCAGCUGCUCUUGGGGUGGCCGUUGCUGCUGCAAUAGCUCAUGGCUACAGCAAUAUCUUCAUCACAUCGCCGAGUCCUGAAAAUCUGAAGACACUGUUCGAAUUCAUCAUCAAAGGCUUUGAUGCGCUAGAAUACAUGGACCAUGUCGACUAUACCAUUUUGCAAUCCACAAAUCCAGACUACAACAAAGCCAUUGUUCGGAUCAACGUUCACCGACAACACCGGCAGACCAUCCAGUACAUUCAACCUCAGGACGCCCACGUCCUCGGUCAAGCAGAGCUGGUUGUAAUUGAUGAAGCAGCAGCGAUCCCUUUGCCGUUGGUGCGGAAAUUGAUGGGACCUUAUCUAGUCUUCAUGGCUUCCACUAUCAAUGGAUAUGAGGGCACGGGCCGUUCGUUGUCGCUGAAACUGAUCCAACAACUACGAGAGCAAUCUAGAGGUGGAACUAGUACUAAUGGAGACGACGUUGAGGUUGCAGAUAAGACGACAGGCAAGGCAGCCAAAGAUGGUGCUAAAGUCUACACCGGUGGCAGGAGUUUGAGGGAGAUUACUUUGUCAGAACCCAUCCGGUACGCGCCCGGAGAUGGGGUCGAGAAAUGGUUGAAUCGGCUGUUAUGUCUGGAUGCCACGUUACCCAAGUCAAAGAUGAAUACGCAAGGGACGCCCCAUCCAUCGACUUGCGAAUUGGUUCAUGUCAACCGCGAUACGCUUUUCUCCUUUCAUCCCGUCUCAGAAAAGUUUUUGCAACAAAUGAUGGCGCUUUACGUUGCUUCUCACUACAAGAAUUCCCCUAACGACCUUCAACUCAUGUCUGAUGCCCCAGCACAUCAACUCUUUGUACUAAUUCCCCCGAUACCCGAGGACGCCAACAAACUACCAGAACCUUUGUGUGUCAUUCAAGUCGCUCUCGAGGGUCGUAUCAGCAAAAGAUCUGUCCUGAGCAGCUUAUCCCGUGGACAAAGGGCUGGAGGAGACCUGAUUCCCUGGCUAGUCAGUCAGCAAUUCCAGGAUUCAGAAUUUGCCGGCUUGUCAGGCAGUCGCGUAGUAAGGAUAGCGACCAACCCGGAGUAUCUGAACAUGGGAUACGGAUCACGGGCGCUGGAGCUACUGAAAGACUUCUACGAGGGCAAGUUCACCUCUCUGUCCGAGACGGACGAAGCGACAAUAGAGGACGCAGAACAUAUGCCCCGCGUCACAGAUGCCGAACUCGAAGAAUCUAAUCUGCUCGAUGACAACAUCAAAGUGCGCGAUAUACAUCAAAUGCCACCCUUGUUCAGCAAACUCUCUGAACGACGGCCCGACCACUUGGACUACCUUGGUGUCUCGUUCGGCUUGACCCAGCCACUCCAUAAAUUUUGGAAACGACACUCCUUUGCACCCGUCUAUCUGCGGCAAACACCCAACGAACUGACGGGUGAGCAUUCCUGCGUCAUGCUCCGGCCCCUUUCGACAAGCACAACGACAGAUAACUCGUGGCUUGCGGCCUAUGCGCAAGAUUUCCACAAGCGGUUCCUCACUCUGCUGUCGUAUCAAUUCCGCACCUUUCCCUCAGUACAAGGACUUUCUAUCUCUGAAUCCGCCUCACGAGCCACAAAAUCUGCUCCGGAAGACCCAUCUUCGAUGAAUGUUAGACCUCUUGGCCAAGCCGAUCUUGACACCCUAUUCUCACCCUUCGAUCUCGCCCGUCUAGAGUCAUACGCCAACAACCUGCUCGACUACCACGUCAUCCUCGACCUUCUCCCCGCCCUCGCAUACCUUUAUUUUACUGGCCGCCUCAAGCUCCCGCCAUGCAACGUCAAUCUAUCAGGUGUACAGCAGAGUAUAUUGCUGGCAAUCGGCUUGCAAAGGAAGGACCUCAGCGAGGUGGAAAAAGAGCUGAAUCUGCCGAGCAAUCAGCUGUUGGCUAUGUUUGUGAAGGUGGUGAGGAAGAUAAGUACUGCGUUGAGAACGGUCGUGAGUGGCGAGGUGGAGGCAAGCUUGGGUGAGAAGAAGGAAGUCGAAAUAAAUGGCGAAGAGGCAACGAAGCUGAAACCCAUUGGUGGCAGAGUGCACAUUGCCACUUCGGGUGCAGUUGGUGAGGAUGACGAGGAAGAAUAUGGGGAAGAAGUUGACCCCGAGAUGCGAGAGAAGCAGAGGGCACUGAUCGAUGCGUUGCCCCUUGAUAAGUACGAAAUCUCCACCACUGGCGCAGCAGAUGACGAGGCGUGGGAGCACGCAGAGCGACAGGUCCGCGAGGCCGGCAACAGCACCGUCGUGAGCGUCAAAAGCGCCGGGAAGGCGAAGAAGCGGAAGAUCGACGACGACGCCAACGCCGGGGAUGAAGAUGGCGCCCCGGGCGGAGAUCGGUCCGGAGUCGGGGACGAUCACGGUAGGGAGAGGAGGAAAGACAAGAAGGGAAGGAUAGAGCGCGGCGAGGGAAAGAAGAAGAAGAUCAAGGGCAAGGAGAAGAGGAAGGCGUAAUGACUCCCACUGAUCCCUGCCCGUGUCUGCGGAGGGUCCGUGAUGGAUUUCGGUUGCCGGAGCAAGAGGAUACACAAGACGAGAGAACAGAAUACCUCGAGCUCAGGAGCAGAAAUGAAAAGCAAAUCUUACCAUGACCAUGACCCUUUUCUUGUGCAUUGCAGGCGGAGCCAGUGGGCGAGGUAAAGACGGUCAAAGGCGAGCGAACUUCCCAUUCUCCAGUGCUAGACAAUCGCCACCGAUCCAAGGUCAAAGACGCUUUGCUUGAUGUUAUUUUCCGAUAUGCCGUUGCUUGGAAUUGCUUCACUGGUUGGUCCCUGUAUUUGGCGAGCGUGUCUUCAGCCGAGAGCUGUAUCUUCUUCCCUCGAUCGACGCGAACAGGAACAGGAACAGGAACAGGAACAGGAACAGGAACAGAGAAUGAAUAAGG